AUGGCCGCAUACUCGAGUGCCGUCUCCAAACUGGAGGCUACGAAUGUCCCGGAGGAUGCCCGUCUCGCCCCUCAUCAUGUCAAAGGGAGCAAAGGGGAAACCGCCAGGUUCCAAAACCCACACCCGUCCGCCGGCGAUGCCCCGCCUGAUUCGCCCUUUGUAGUCGGCGGCCAGAUCAUUUGGGCCCGUCUAACGGGCGGCUUCCCCAGCCCCGACGUCUCAAACGUCAAAAUCCCCGUCGUCAAGCCGGAAUUCUUGUCGGCGCGGACAGGGUCAACAGCCCUGCGAGCUACCUGGCUCGGCCACGCCUGCUAUUUCGUCGAGUUCCCCAGCGGGCUGCGGGUGCUGUUUGACCCAGUAUUUGAGGACCGCUGCACGCCGGUGCAGUGGCUCGGCCCCAAGCGGUACUCACCGCCGGCAUGCUCGCUCUCCGAGCUGCCGCCUAUCGACGCCGUGGUAAUCUCGCACUCGCACUACGACCACCUCUCGCACACGAGCGUGCAGGAGCUCGCGAAGCGGAACCCCCAAGCCCAGUUCUUCGUCGGCUUGGGACUGGAGAAGUGGUUCCGCUCCAGCGGCAUCCCCAACGUGACCGAGAUGGACUGGUGGCAGGACGCAGACCUGGUCCUGCAGAAGGAGAAAGAUCAGGCCGCCGCAACGGCCGACGACAAGGCCGCGCCCGGCACCAUCUCGGCGCGCAUCACCUGCCUGCCGUGCCAGCACUCGUCGGGCCGGACGGGCCGGGACCGGGACCACACGCUGUGGGCGUCGUGGGCGGUCAAGUCGGGCGACAAGUCGGUGUGGUUCGGCGGCGACACGGGCUACCGGCGGGUGCCCAAGGUGCCGCUCGAGGUGGACGACUACGGGCCCGAGUACGACGCGCUGCCGCGGUGCCCGCAGUUCCGCCAGAUCGGCGACCUGCGCGGGCCCUUCGACCUCGGCCUGAUCCCCAUCGGCGCCUACAAGCCGCGCUGGCUGUUCAGCUGGAUGCACGCCAACCCCUACGACGCCGUCGAGAUCUUCAAGGAGACCCGCUGCAAGCGCGCCAUGGGCAUCCACUGGGGCACCUGGGUCCUGACGAGCGAGGAGGUCGAGGAGCCGCCGAAGCUGCUGAAGGAGGCUCUCAAGACGAGCGGCCUUCCCGAGACGGGCGUGUUUGACGUCUGUGCUGUGGGGGAGACGCGCGAGUUUUAG